AUGACAGAACAAAUGAACAUCAGCCCGUAUGAAGAAGUAUGUACAUCUGAAAUACCUACUGUUUCUUUAAAUAGUUCAGAGACUAAUGUUCAACCUCAAAAUACGAUUUUUGAAAGUUUUACAUUUGAUCAGUUAUAUUCGUGUUCUGAAUCAAAUUUAAAUCUAUCUUCUUUUUCCGGAUCAAAUCAAAGUUUGUCUAAUAACUUUGUGAAAACACCUACUAUUAAAGAAAAACUACAACAAUGGGUAUUGGAGUAUAAUGUAUCUAAAAAUAGUGUAAAUAGUUUAUUAGGUAUAUUAAGAACAGAAGGGUUAGAUUUACCGAAGGAUGUGAGAACUUUGAUGAAUACCCCAAGAACACAUAAUAUAAUACACAUACAACCAGGAACAUAUAUUCAUUUGGGCUUGGAAAAAAUGUUGUCUCCCCUAUUAAACUUCAAUAAACAUUUGUUGACAAAUAUAAAUGAAAUUAAUUUAGGCUUUAAUAUAGAUGGAUUGCCAUUAGCUAAAAGCUCAAAAAGACAAUUUUGGCCAAUUCUUUGCUCUGUAACUAAUGUACCUCAAAUACGUUUUUUAGUUUUUGCAGUUGGUAUUUAUUAUAGUUCAGAGAAAAAACCAGAGUCCAUUGAAGAUUUUUUAAAUUUGUUUAUUGAAGAAGCUUUAGAUUUGAUUAAUAGGGGAAUAUCAAUAAAUAAUAAACUACUAAGUGUAAAUAUUGAUCAAGUGAUUUGUGAUGCGCCAGCCAAGAGAUUUUUAUUAAAUGUUAAAAGUUUUAAUUCCACUGUAGGAUGCAAUUCAUGUAAUGAGGAAGGAGUAUAUAUGGAUCAUAGAAUGACAUUUUUGGGUGUAAAUUCAUCAUUGAGAACCGACUACGGUUUUAGAAAUAAAGUUGACGAUGAAUACCAUAAAGGAAAUAGUUCAUUGGAACGUUUGCCUAUAAAUAUUAUUGAAGCCGUGCCUUUAGACUAUAUGCAUUUGGUUUGUUUAGGUGUGAUGAAAAGGCUAUUAAAAUUUUGGGUGAGAGGAAAUCAAUCAGUUAGGAUUCCUAUAGGUAUAUGUAAAGAUAUAGAUACUGAAAUGUUAAGUUUAAGAAAAUAUUUUCCAAAGGAGUUUGCUAGAUUACCAAGGCCAUUAAAUGAUAUUGAACAUUGGAAAGCCACAGAAUUUCGGAAUUUUUUACUUUUUACUGGCCCUUUAGUAUUAAAAAAAAGAUUAAAAAAGGCUUUUUAUUUACAUUUUAUGAAGUUGCAUUGUGCUAUAAAAAUUUUAAUUACGCCUGAUUUAUGUUUAUCGAAUAAUGAAAUAGCUCACAAUUUAACCCUUUAUAGGGCAGAACAAAAAAAAUCACCAGAUUUUUCUGAAAAUUGGUAUACAUUCAGUAUGGAGUACUCUGAUUUUGGGAAAAAUAUUGGAAAAUUUUUAAUUUGUUUUGCAUGA